GCUCGCAGGGCUUUGCUGCUUCCUUGUCCCGCCGCCCUUCCUGCCCUUAGGAGGAUUGCGCUGAGCUAUGUCCUCACCGGCGUCCACCCCGAGCCGCCGCGGCAGUAAGCGCCGCAGAGGCGGAACUGCCCCAACCGAUGGCGGCGCCAAUCCCGCUACGCCUCUUUCUGAAGAUGUACAGUCUCCGCCUUCGCAACGACGUCACACAGAAGACUCUACAGGAGACUUACAACCAAUGCCCACUUCUCCACCAAUUGACUCACAAAGCCCAAAUGUUCAAGAUGCUCUGUUUUCCAGUCCACCACAAUUCCAAAAUUCAGUUCCAAUGGACUUUGAUAUUAGUUCACCACUUACCUAUGGCACACCCAGUUCUAGAAUAGAAGGAACCCCAAGGAGUGGUGUGCGAGGAACUCCAGUGCGACAGAGGCCUGAUCUUGGCUCUGUCCGGAAGGCUAGGCAAGUAGAUCUGCAUUCUGAUGUGCCUACAGCAGAAGACGCAGUGGCUAGUGAACAGUCUCUUGGACAAAAGCUAGUGAUAUGGGGAACAGAUGUCAAUGUGGCCUCAUGCAAAGAAAAAUUUCAGAGAUUUCUUCAGCGUUUUAUUGAUCCAACAGCCAAAGAAGAAGAAAAUAUUGGCUUGGACCUUAAUGAGCCUCUGUAUCUGCAGCGACUGGAAGAGAUAAGCUUGAUUGGGGAGCCAUUUCUGAAUGUAAACUGUGACCAUCUGAAAACAUUCGAUGAAAAUCUUUACAGACAACUGAUGUGCUAUCCUCAGGAAGUUAUUCCAACAUUUGAUAUGGCUGCUAAUGAAAUUUUCUUUGACCGCUACCCUGAUUCAGUAUUGGAGCAUCAGAUUCAAGUGAGACCAUAUAAUGCUGUAAAAACCAGAAGCAUGAGGAGCCUGAACCCAGAAGACAUUGACCAGCUUAUCACUAUAAAUGGCAUGGUAAUCAGGAGCUCCCAGUUAAUUCCAGAAAUGCAAGAAGCUUUCUUCAAGUGCCAAGUGUGUGCUUUCACAGCAAGAGUAGAAAUCGAUCGCGGUAGGAUUGCCGAACCAUCAGCAUGCAAGAACUGUAACACCACGCAUAGUAUGGCAUUGGUUCACAACCGCUCAAUGUUCUCGGAUAAACAGAUGAUCAAGCUGCAGGAGUCUCCAGAUGACAUGCCAGCUGGUCAGACACCAUAUACUAUUGUGCUCUUUGCUCACAAUGAUCUAGUGGAUAAGGUUCAGCCAGGUGACAGAGUUAAUGUUACAGGUAUCUACAGAGCAGUCCCUGUUCGUGUCAUUCCAAGAAUGAGCAGUGUGAGAUCUGUCUAUAAGACCCAUAUUGAUGUUAUUCAUUAUUGCAAAACUGAUUCAAAACGCUUGCAUGGCAUUGAAGAAGGAACUGAACAGAAAAUGUUUACAGAGGAACGUGAGACAAUGCUUCAAGAGCUUUCGAGGAAACCCGAUAUUUAUGACAGGCUUUCUUCUGCACUUGCCCCAAGUAUUUAUGAGCAUGAAGAUAUUAAAAAGGGCAUUCUUCUUCAGCUGUUUGGAGGAUCGAGGAAAGAUUUCAGCCACACCGGCCGAGGCAAUUUUCGUGCUGAGAUCAACAUUCUCCUUUGUGGAGAUCCUGGUACCAGCAAGUCUCAGUUGCUUCAGUAUGUCUAUAACCUGGUUCCAAGAGGCCAGUAUACAUCUGGGAAAGGCUCCAGUGCAGUUGGUCUUACGGCUUAUGUGAUGAAGGAUCCUGAAACAAAACAACUGGUUCUGCAGACUGGAGCCUUGGUCCUCAGUGACAAUGGCAUUUGCUGUAUUGAUGAGUUUGAUAAAAUGAACGAAAGUACAAGGUCGAUGCUUCAUGAAGUCAUGGAACAACAAACAUUGUCAAUUGCCAAGGCUGGAAUUAUUUGCCAACUGAAUGCUCGUACCUCUAUUCUGGCUGCUGCUAAUCCAAUAGAAUCCCAGUGGAAUCCAAAGAAAACAACCAUCGAAAACAUCCAGCUUCCCCAUACACUGCUAUCUAGGUUUGAUCUCAUUUUCCUAAUGCUGGACCCUCGAGAUGAAGCAUAUGACAGACGUUUGGCUCAUCACUUGGUUGCAUUAUACUACCAAACUGAAGAGCAGGUGGAAGAAGAGCACAUGGAUAUGGCAGUUUUAAGGGAUUAUAUUGCUUAUGCUCGUAGUUAUGUUAACCCAAGACUAAGCGAAGAAGCAAGUCAAGCUCUCAUUGAAGCAUAUGUGGAUAUGAGGAAGAUUGGAAGUGGCAGAGGAAUGGUUUCUGCAUAUCCUCGGCAGCUGGAAUCUUUGAUUCGUCUGGCGGAAGCGCAUGCUAAAGUACGGUUUUCUAAGAAAGUAGAGACAGUGGAUGUUGAAGAAGCAAAGCGUCUUCACCGUGAAGCUCUGAAACAGUCCGCUACGGAUCCAAGGACUGGAAUUGUGGACAUAUCUAUUCUCACCACAGGGAUGAGUGCCACUGCCCGUAAACGCAAAGAAGAACUGGCUCAAGCUUUGAAGAAGGUUAUUCAGUCUAAGGGUAAAACACCAGCUCUAAGAUAUCAACAGCUCUUUGAGGAUCUUCGCGCGCAAUCUGAAACAGCUGUCACUAAAGAAAUGUUUGAAGAAGCACUGCAUGCAUUGGCUGAUGACGACUUCUUGACUGUGACUGGGAAGACUGUUAGACUUCUCUAAAUAAACCCUAACUUUACAGGAAUGGAACUGUAAAACUAACUUCUUGGUGUAACUUUGCUUUAAUACAAUAUGCUUACAUCAUACUUGUUAGACUGGAAUUGGACCAGGAGGUCAUCGCUAUCACAAUGGAAAAUUACUGUUAAGAUUUUGCUUAUUAAGGAAUGUUAAUUCUUUCAGCACAGUUAAUUUUAGCACAUUUUUUCUCAGCAUCUUUUAAAGAGUAAGCUCUAUACAUAAAAUUUCAAAUUAUAAAAACUUAUUGUUACAAUUUUUGAAUUCAGGUUCAUAUGAAUGUCUCCUAUAGCACUAUUUCUGCAUAUUAGAUAAUGCUUGUGAAGAUUUUGUUUGUAAUAAAAUGCAGGUGCUUUAUUCUA